UUGAUACCUAGAUCUCCAGGACAACCAACAACAAGAAUGCUGAAGGCUGAAGGUGGACAGCAGCUGGCUGUCAGAGAAGGGGAGCUAGCACCAGGAGGCGCCCAGGGAGGAGCAGCCGCCUGUCAUUCAGGAAAGUGACAGCGCUGGUGAAGAAGUCAAAGGUGGUGGCCAAAGGACUUCGAGGAGGUACAUAGAGGCUCUGUGCUGGGGUGCCUCUUCGUGGCUCCCCAAUAUCUGAGCUCCCAGCCGGGCAGGAGCCCUACCAACAUGGCAGCCACAGACUUUGUGGAGGAGAUUCAUUCUGUGGGAGAGAGGCUGCUGCUGAAACUGCGACAACUCCCUCAGGCGGAGCCCGUGGAGCUUGUGGCCUUCUCCAUCAUUGUUCUUUUCACAGCUACCGUCCUGGUGCUGCUGCUGACAGCCUGCAGCUGCUGCUGUGCUCACUGCUGCUGCUCUGAGAGGAGAGACCAGAAGACCCCAGUGCAGCCCAGAAAACCCAGAUGAGGGGCAACAGCGAGAUCCUGAAGAGAAACUGGAUGAGAGCCUUCCAGUACUGUGACACAGGCUAUCAUGGCCACUUUACUUCUCCACACAGGUUACCUGGGCCCAGUUCUGGCACUGCCCAGGUGACAGGACACAUAUCUGGAGCCUUAUCAAGGAAACAAGUGUUGUUCCACCUGCCAGUGAACACAGUGCUUAGUUGGACUGACUCACACUCAGACCACCACCGGGGUCUUGAGCUAAGCUGACCCUUUCAAGAGCCCCAUACUUCACUAGGGAACAGCUCAUGCUUGCCAGGAGCUGGCUUUUGGGGCUCUGCUGACUUAUGCCAAAGAGAAGUAAGCUAAUCAGGGACUCUGUGCAAUUUAUUAGAUUCCAAGCCUCCUGCUGAGGGGGAGGAACACGUCAGUAUUCUGGUUGAAAUUUGUCUGCUUAUUUCCAAGUAAACACUUUUUGGUUAUGUGUUUAUGA